AUGAUCUCGGGAUUCUUUGUGUUUAACCUGCAAGGUGCGCUGCUGGUUUCGCGGCUGCUGCGCAAUGAUCUGGGGCGCGGCAUUGCCGAUGCGUUUCGCGUGCACGUCCUCGCGAACCCCGAUAGCAGCGUGCCGAUCGUGACGCUCGGGAGCACGAGCUUCUUUUGGGUGCGCGAGGAGGACGUGUACCUAGUCGCGGCGACCAAGUGCAAUGCGAAUGCGGCGCUCGUGUUCGAGUUCCUGUACCGCUUCCAGUCGAUCUGGCGCUCGUACUUUCGCGCGCCGCUGUGCGAGGACGCGGUCAAGAAAAACUUUGUGCUGGUGUACGAGCUGCUGGACGAGGCGCUCGACUUUGGAUACCCCCAGAACAGCGAUGUGCAUGCGCUCAAGAUGUACAUUGCCAACGACGAUAUCCGCCUCGAGGACGUGGUGCGCGACGAUCCGCGCAUGAGCGUCGCGCCGGCCGCGCAGCAGGUGAGCUGGCGGCGGCCGGAUAUCCGGUACCGCAAGAACGAGUGUUUCCUGGACGUGAUCGAGACGGUGAACCUGCUCAUCAGCAGCCAAGGUGCGGUGCUCCGCGCGGACGUCGACGGCAAGGUGAUGAUGCGCGCGCACCUCAGCGGCAUACCCGAGUGCAGCGUCGGGCUCAAUACGGAUCUCGGGCUCGAAGGGCACACUGCGCGGCGCAGCGCGACGGCGGUCAACCUGAACGACUGCACCUUUCACCCCUGCGUCCAGCUCGACCAGUUUGACCAGGACCGCAGCAUCCACUUUGUGCCGCUCGACGGCGACUUUGAGCUGAUGCGGUACCGCGCGACGGCCAACGUCAAGCUCCCGAUCAAGAUCCAGGCAGUGGUCGAGGAGGUGCAGAACAAGCGCGUCCUCUACACCAUCGUCCUCCGCGCGACGCUUGACGAAAAGCUGCAGGCGACCAAUGUCGCGCUGCGCAUUCCCGCACCCCGCAGCACGACCCACGCGCGGUGCUCUGCGACACUGGGUAAGGCGCGGUACGAGGCGGAAGACCACUUCAUUCUGUGGCGCAUACCCAAGGUGCAGGGCGGCAGCGAGCACACGCUGCACGCCGAGGCAGAGCUCGCGCCCAGCACCCAGCCGUGCACUUUUCCGUGA